AAGACGCUGGUGCUGGUGAAGCCGGACGCGGUGCAGCGGCGGCUGGUGGGGAACGUCAUCCAGCGCUUCGAGCGGCGCGGCUUCAAGCUGGUGGCCAUGAAGCUGCUCCAGGCAGACCAGGGUCUCCUGGACAAGCACUACCAGCAGCUGCGGCAGAAGCCCUUCUACCCCGCGCUCCUCGCCUACAUGACCUCGGGGCCGCUGGUGGCCAUGGUGUGGGAGGGCUACAACGUGGUCAGGUCCACGCGGGCCAUGGUGGGGGACACGGACUCGGCGGCGGCGGCGGCGGGCACCAUCCGGGGGGACUUCAGCAUGCACGUCAGCAGAUCAAGGGCCUUGUUGGAGCGCACCUUCGUGGCUAUCAAACCGGACGGGGUCCAGCGGCAUCUGGUCGGGGAGAUCAUCCGGCGGUUCGAGAGGAAGGGCCUGCAGCUGGUGGGGCUGAAGCUCCUGCAGGCCUCGGAGGAGUUGCUGAAAGAGCACUACAUCGCCCUCCGUGACCGUCCCUUCUACAGCCGGCUGGUGAAGUACAUGAGCUCUGGGCCCGUGGUGGCCAUGGUCUGGCAGGGCCUGGAUGUGGUCAAGACAGUUCGCACAAUGAUUGGGGAGACUAACCCAGCCGAAUCCAGGCCUGGCACCAUCCGAGGAGACUUCUGCGUUGAAGUCAGCAAGAAUGUGAUCCAUGGCAGUGACUCGGUUGAGAGUGCCCGGCAGGAGAUCUCCCUCUGGUUCCGCGCGGAGGAGCUGACUUGCUGGGAGGACACGGCCGAGCACUGGAUCUACGCAUGAGA